CUCAAGAGAAAAUAGAAAAUAAGCUCCUUAUAUUGGCUUCAGUGCGUUUUAGAAGUUGAAACAUCCUACACUGCAUUAAGAGGAGCGCAGAAUGAUGAAGCAUCGUUUUUUUCUGGUCUUUUUAGUUCUCUAUACUAUACUAGAACAUGGGAUUUUGCUCCAAUUAGUAGAAGGAGAUGAUGGGUUUGUGAAAGCAAGAGGAGUGCAGCUUAUGUUGAAUGGUAGUCCCUACUAUGCUAAUGGUUUUAAUGCCUAUUGGCUAAUGUAUGUGGCCUCUGAUCCAUCUCAGAGAAACAAGGUGUCAUCUGCUUUUCAAGAGGCAACAAACCAUGGACUUAACAUAGCCAGAACAUGGGCUUUCAGUGAUGGUGGAUAUAAACCCCUACAAUACUCUCCUGGAUCCUACAAUGAGGACAUGUUCCAGGGGUUGGACUUCGUAAUAUCUGAAGCCAGAAGAUAUGGUCUCAAGCUGGUGUUAAGUUUGGUGAAUAAUUAUAAUAACUUAGGAGGAAAGAAACAAUAUGUGGACUGGGCAAGGAGUCAGGGCCAGUCUGUAAAUUCUGAAGAUGAUUUCUUCACAAACCCUGUAGUGAAGGGAUACUACAAAAACCACAUUAAGAUCAACAAGAAGUGGUCCACGUAAAAUUAUGCCAGGUAGUGGAAAUUAUUAUUAGUUGAUUUGAGAGAUUUUUCAAGGUAUUCCUGGGUUAAGAGAGACUUCUUCUAAUGUACUGCUGAAGGUGUGUGUUGGACAUGAUUUUGGUUUGGUUGUUAGAGAAAUUUAAUAUAAAAAAUUAUUAAUAUGAUCAUAUUAUUUGAUAAUUUAAG